UUCUCUAUGAACUAUACAUACACACCGAAUGUGUAGAGAGUAUACCGCACCAUAGAUAAUAUUCUUUUUUAGUCGUGUUUUACACGGAGCCGAUUGGCGAAUUUUAGAUAUUCUGUUUAAUAUAAAAUAAUUAAAGUGUUGAACAUCCAAAAUGACUGAAGGUACAGCCACAAUUCGUACGCGAAAAUUCAUGACCAACCGACUUUUAUGUCGAAAACAAAUGGUAUGUGAUGUACUCCAUCCUGGUCAACCAUCAGUCAGAAAAUCAGACAUUAGAGAAAAAUUAGCUAAAAUGUACAAAGUAACACCUGAUGUUGUAUUUGUAUUUGGUUUCCGUACAAACUUCGGUGGUGGUAAAUCAACAGGUUUCGCUUUAAUUUAUGAUACCUUAGAUUGGGCAAAGAAAUUUGAACCAAAACACAGGUUACAACGACAUGGAUUAUAUGAAAAGAAACAACAGACACGUAAACAACGUAAAGAAAGAAAGAACAGAAUGAAGAAAGUACGCGGUACCAAAAAGAGUAAAGUUGGUGCAGCAACCAAAAAGUAGAUUGUAUUUUCUAAUGUCAUUUCAAUUAUACAUUUUUUGUAUUAUUAAUCGCAAACCUUUUCUCGUAUUAAAUUAUGAUUUUGUAUACAAAAAAUUU